CAUUUGCUAGUUCUUUAUUUUGAUAGAAGUAUAGUUAAUUACUUCGAUUUUGAUAGUGCUUUUAUAAUGAAUUUUGGUCAGCUUUAAUUAUAUAUUAUACUUUUUUUAAGUGUUUAUUUUGAUAAAAAUGGUUUACGAUUAUUUUGACAAGUAUAUCUUCACCUGCGAGAUGUACGACGAAGAGGCAGACAAGAUACUGAAAUUGAUAUUAAAUUUCUUUCCGUUCGAUAAUUCCGUACAAGUUAUAGAUCCAGAAAAAGGGAAAUUCUUACUGCGGAGGUAUCAGAUACCGACGCUGAAUCUAGCAACUCUGCAGAUUGGUAAUAUUGUGAAUAUAUUUUCCAAACUGCUUCUCAUCACCGACUGCGCUCCUCUGACGCACCGCACUUUGUUCAAAGGAUCAGAACACACAUUCGCCUUGAUCAAACCGUGUCCGCCGAGCAUGCAUGGAAAAAUUAUAACAUACAUAAUGCAGAAAGGUUUCCGUAUUGUACGAAUGAAGAAUGGCAAAGUCAACAAGGACUUCGGUGUAAUGCUCUACAGAAAUCUUGCUGGCAAUGAGAAGCUACCUCUUAUUAUCAAUUAUAUAACUAGUGGUGAAGUGAUCGGUCUUGAGUUAGUGGCACCUUAUGCUGUUUCCAAGUGGCGCGAUUGCUUAGGUGCCACUGACCCGAAAAAGGCUGCACCGGGAACUCUAAGGUAUCUCUAUGGACAAGAUCAGCUCAAAAAUGUAGCACACGGCUGCAACGAUCCACAAGAUGCAGCGGAAAUGUUGGAGGAAUAUUUCGGGUACGCGGGAAAUCUUCCUAGGAUCCCGUUCAGUGCUACGUACAAAGAUUGUACGUGUUGCGUUAUCAAGCCUCAUGCCAUUCUUGACGGAAAUAUGGGAGCGAUAAUAGAAAUGAUAACUACUUCUGGAAAAUUCUAUAUUUCUGCAAUGGCGAUGUUCAGUUUGACCCAUGCCAACGCUAAAGAAUUUUAUGAAGUUUAUAAAGGAGUUUUUACAGAAUACGAAGAUAUGUCGAUUCAUUUAUGUGAAGGCCAAUGCGUGGCACUUGAAAUUAAAUCUGAAGAUCCUAGUAUCAACUGUGUUUGUCAAUUCAGGAAGCUGUGUGGCCCACGAGACCCGGAGCUGUGUCGGCAGCUGUACCCCGAAACUAUAAGAGCUAAAUACGGAAAAUCUAUUUUGCACAAUGCUGUCCAUUGCACAGAUCUUCCAGAAGAUGGUGAAAGAGAAGUUGAAUAUUUCUUCAAGCUUAUUUCUGUACAUGAGAAUUAGAGGUAUGUUUUAUACAAGUUUAAUCUAUUUAUACAAUAAAGUUUGUGCGUUUGAAUUA